CAAUCUUAUUGAAACUACAAGAAAAAGUUAAAAUGGAAACUUUAUUGACGUUGUGCAUUGCAACAGUGACAGUUCUGGGACUUUUUGGAAAGAACUCGACAAACCAUUGUGAUAGCAUUAAUGGAACCAGAUGUUGUUCUGGGUACAUGUGGGAUUCCUUGAAAGAACAGUGCAUAAAUUGUAAAGAAGGAUAUACAGGAAUACACUGUACAAUUGCAUGUCCUUUCCCUUCAUAUGGACUAAACUGUCAGUCGACAUGCAGAUGUACUGAUGAAGACUGUAAUUAUGUCACUGGAUGUAAACAUCAUGUUGGAGAUGUGUUAAAUCAUACAACAGACAAAUCAUCAAGAUUCAACAAAUCAGUCUCCAAUAUUCCAAACAUUACUCCAAAACGUGAACCAUCUGCCAACAGUCGUUCCUUUUUAUUUUCAAUGAUUGUAGUUAUUGCAGUGCUAAUCAUCAUAUUUGUUAUUUUCCUUUACACUCAGCUAUUUGAAAAGCGACGAGUUGUCGCUAAUUUAUGACAAACUAUAAUAUUUUUAUCUUAUAGUCAAGCUAUUUCGUAUUGUUAACUUACCUAACUUCUAUAUCGUCCUACCCAACUUAAAGUAGUUUUUGAAGGGAAGAGAGAUAAUCGAGAAAAAAUGGCACGUAGACUUGUAAGUGACCAUCAACCAUGGAUUAUAUUACUGUGGAAUCGUUCGAAUUCAUGGUGGCUCAGUUUUUGUUGUAUUUGUGGGUAGCCCUCCCCAACAAACUUACAUCUCCGAGAAAAACAAAUUUUAAAAUAGUUUUUAUUUAUCUUACUGAAACCAAAAACCAACGCAUCCACGAAAUAACAUCCUAACGAAUAACAAAAGAAAAUACGAAUUUAUCUCUCUCAAACUACAAGGAUACCACAGUCACUUGUUAUGGAUAUCAAAUCCCAAAUUGGAUAUAAAUGGAAAAGUGAAAUUACAUGCAAUAUUUUUUUUUAGUUUUUUGCAAGAGAAGUGAAUUUUGUCUAUGAUUAAAUGAAAUGUCACAACUUAAAGAAAAUAAGUCUUGUUGUUGUAGCUCACUCUCCGUAGAUUGAUACCUAAGUAUAUCUUAAACUUCUUGGUGAUCAAUUUGACAAACUAUUGGAUUAAAAAAAACUAACCAAUUGUCGGUGCAUUUGAUUCAAGUUAAUGCAUAUUUAUUC